AUGGGUCUGGUCUUUCUCCUGGGCUCUAGAAACACAUCCCGGAGCAGAUUGCCCGCUGGGCCAAGAUGCUCUCCAUGGAUGAAAAGGUCCUUACAGAAAAGCUGAAUGGGGAUAAAGCCCACACGGUGGUAGAUAAGAAACAGAAAGAAUUCAACAUGAAGAAGAUGAUCGCAAGGCUCCACAUCAAAGAGCCAGCCCAGCAUGUCAUGGCUGUACUGGGAAAGAAAUACCCUGCGAGUGCGAAGCAGUUCAUCCACAGCGGGCUGAAGGGGGAGUGGGACAGGAAGAAGGCCGGGACUCGCAUGAAGCUGGAGCAGCCGGUGACCUGGGAACGGCUGCUCAGCCAGCAGGGCAACAAUGCUGCUACCUGGGAGCAGCUGAUAGACAGCAAGGCUCUGCCCUUCAUGGCCAUGCUGCGGAACCUGAGGAACAUGAUCACUCAGGGGAUCAGCGAGCAUCAUCACCAGCAGGUCCUCCACCGGCUGACCAAUAAGAACGCGGUUGUUCAGAGCAGACAGUUUCCCCUACGGUUCCUCAGUGCCUACAAGGUCAUCGUGGAGCUGAAACAGGCCGUGUUAGCGGAGAGGAAGGCUCUUCCCACAGACAAGCAGAUCCUGUUCGGGAUCCUGAAGCAGUAUCCUACCAGCAAGCGCCACCGCCGGUUCAGCUGGAAGACGGCGUCCCGCGGCAAGCAGCGCCUCCCCCUGGCGGUGCCCUUCAUAUACGCCUUGUACAUACGCAAGAGGACCCUGCUGCGCGCUGGCUAUAAGUGCCCCUACAGCGUGGAGCUGAUGGAGCGCUACGGCGCCGCCCUGGAGGCGGCGGUGCAGCUCUCCUGCGUCCACAACAUCCCCCCGCUCCCCGGACGCACCCUCGUCCUGCUCACCACAGACAUCGGCUCCGACGACGCGUUCAAAACCGACUUCUGCUGCCCCAAAGACCCUGAGGAGGAGGAGGAGAAGGAGAAGGAGGAGGAGGAGGAGGAGGAGGGCGAGGACAGUCCGAUGGAGGCAGAGGAGGAGGGCAAAGAUGGGUCAGAGGAGGAGAAGAAGAAGGAUGAAGAGGAGAAGGAGGAGGAGGAGGAGGAGGAGGAGGAGGAGGAGAAGAGCAAAGAUGGAUCGUCGUCGUCAUCGUCGAAGGAUGAGGAGGAGAAGGAGGAAGAGAAAAACAAAAGGCUCCUUACUUCUUCUGUGCGGGAAGUGGCCGUUCUGAUCUCGCUGUUGAUUGGCUGCAGCGCCGAGGAAACCAAGCUGUGUACUUACGGCUGGUACCAUUGCACAGAGGUCAAGCUGAAGUCUCACCUCGUGUUGGAGAACUUCAAGACAGUGGCGAAGCAAGUGAAGGACUCGGACAGAGACUUUGAUAAAGGCGAACAAAGGAAUCUCAAAUCAGAACUGUUUUCAAAAGAAAACAAGUGGGACAACAUCGUCGUCCUGGUCGCUGAUGGGCAAGAUUCAGAGCUGGAAACCCUCUGCACCAAAUACAUGAACGAGCCAAACAGCAAGUCCUGUCUGCUGGUGAAGCUCUUCCUGAAGGAAGGCUACAUGGAAAGGGAGAAAGCGAACAUGAACAACAAGAACCGGUUGUGCUUCGACUUCAAGAGUGAAUUCCGGGGUGUGAGUGAGCAGAUCCUCAGGAUCGUGGCGGAGCGGGGGUCCUCCCGGCUGCUUCAACACGUGGAGCACAUGGACAAGGUGCAUAAGAUCCCUCCACCAGAGGGCGCCACUAAGCUUCCCCGCACAACCAGCGCGGUGGUGCCCGUACCAGCCAGCCCCAAACUGAGGUGGCGCGGCGUGCGCGUCUUCAUCUCCUCCACCUUCCGGGACAUGCACGCCGAGCGGGACGUCCUGGUGCGGGCGGUGUUCCCCGAGCUGCGGCGGCGGGCGGCGGCCCACCGGCUCCACCUGCAGGAGGUGGAGCUGCGCUGGGGGGUGACGGAGGAGGAGUCGGGCCGCGCGGCGGAGCUGUGCCUGACGGAGGUCUGCCGCAGCCACCUGCUGGUGGGCGUCCUGGGGGAGCGCUACGGGACGGUGGCGGCCACGCCCCCGCACCUCCCCGACCUGCCGCAGCACCGCUGGCUGGCCUCGGCCCCGUCGGACCUGUCCAUCACGGAGCUUGAGAUCCGGCAGUUCGAGGCGCUGUACCCCGACGACAUGAACCAGAGAGCCUUCUGCUACUUCAGGGACCCGGGCGUGCUGCAGUCCGUCCCGGUGGCGUGGCGGUCCCACUUUGCCCCCGAGUCGAAGCAGGCCCAGGCUAAGAUGUCCCAGCUGAAGCUCCGGAUCCUGAAGAAGGGCGUGAAGGUGACAGCGGACUACCCAUGCGAGUGGGACGGGGUUGUGGGUGGGAACCCCUAUCUGAGAGGCCUGGAGGAGUUUGGCAAGGCAGUGCUGGAAGACCUCUGGACCGCUGUGUUGAAGCAGUACGUAGAGGCGGGCGACGACGAAGCGCAGUCCGCCGUCGCCGCCCUGUCGGGCGUCAGCGAGCAGGGCGACCACCAGGAGGCGCUGCGGGGACGGUUCCACGGCCGGGGCAAGCUGCUGGCGGAGGCGGUGGAGGCGGUGCGGGACGCCCAGGCCAAGGGGGGCGUGCUGCUGGUGCACGGCGCGGCCGGCGAGGGCAAGACCGUCUUCAUGGCAGCCCUGGCACACGCUCUCAGAACCGGCAACGCGUCCAAGCCCAAACCCGCCAGUGACGUCCUCUCCUACUCUACUGGAGCUAGCCAAUCGGCCCGCACCGUGGAGAACCUCCUCCGCUGUCUCGUCCAAUGGCUGAGAGCCAGGGAGGACAAGGAAGAGCAAUCACCACUUCCUGUGUCUUACACGGAUCUGAUCAAGGAAUUCCGGUUAAAGUUAACGGACGUGCAGAAGGACCAAUCGCUGGCCCUGCUGGUGGAUGGGGCGGAGCUUGUCCAGGAUGGCAGGGGGCAGCUUAACUCUGAUUGGAUGCCCCAGGAGGUUCCCAAGGGCAUGUGCUUGGUUGUGAGCGUCACCAACGGCUCAGCUCUGCUGCAAGCCCUCACCAAGAAGAAGGGCGCCAUCUUGUUUCCUCUGGGACAGCUCUCCAUGACGGACAGGAAGGAGAUCGUCCAGAAGGGGCUGGACAUGUUCGGGAAGAAACUCAGCGAUGCCGCUUUCAACAAUCAGCUCCAGACACUAAUGAUGAAGAAUGGAGCAGCCAGUCCUCUCUACCUCCACCUGGCCUGUGAAGACCUGAGGAACUUUGCCUCCUUUGAAAAGAUGAAGGAGAGCCUGCAGCAGCUCCCCCAGACCCUGAGCCAGCUGGUGGGCCGGGCUCUGGACCGGCUGCUGUCCCAGUACAGAGCGGUGGGGGGUCUGCGUCUGGCCCUGGGGGCCCUGGCCCUCAGCACCACUGGCUUGCGGGAGGGCGACCUGUACGGCCUGCUGAACUCUGUCUCUGAGCGGCCCCCCGGCAGCGGCCCGGGCCCCUGGCCGACCGCGCUGCGUCUCGCCCGGACCCCCACCGGACGCGUUCCCAUGGCGACCUUCACCCAGAUGGUGCGGAGUCUACAAAGCCUGAUUGGUCAAGCUCACAGCAGAGACGACCUAUUGGCUCUCACCAACCCAGACGUGAGGCAGGCCUUCGAAGAGCUGCUCCUUCCUGAUAGGACCGACCGAAUCUGCUGCCAUCAGAUACUGUCAGCCCACCUGUGGGCGGCUGCGGACCCCCUGGGGACGGAGACCUUCCUCCACUGUGAGGCCGACCACAUCAAGCAGCUGCCGGACCACCUGAUGAAAGGUGACCAAUGCGAGGCGCUGGGCUCGCUCCUCUCCAACUACUACUUCCUGUAUGCUAACGUGCGCCACGGUCUCGUGCACCACCUGCUGGAGAUCUACAGCUCCUACGGGGGCAGCAUGGGCCUCAGUGCUGAGCGCUGCGCGGACUUCCUCCGCCGCCACGCCGUCCUGCUCUCCUCCUGGCCCCCGCUGUUCCUCCAGCAGGCCCUCAACGAGCCCCCGUCCUCCGGGGCCCACGCCUGGGCCCGGGGGCUGGUGGGGACAGUGGGCCCCCGGGGCGUGGUGCGGCUCCUGAACCACGACGGGGAGAACGAGGCCAGGCCGGACAACUGCGAGCUGGUGUCCACCUUCUCGUCGGAGCCCACCUGCGUGGCGUUGAAUCCCCGCGCUGAGCUGGUGGCGGUGGGCACGGGCCAGGGCACGCUGCACCUCAUCCACACCCAGACCGGACAGGUUGUGAAGUCGCUGGAGAGCAGCUGUGAUGGCAUCUCCAGCUGUGUCUUCCUGACAGACGUGACCCUGGCCACGACCUCCUUCAGCGGACAGAUCGAGGUGUGGGACACAGAGAACGGCUGCAGGACUGCCCUCAUAGAAGGACACUCCAACAGGAUCACAGGAAGUGAUGUGUCGCCAGACAGGAAGCAUCUCGCAACGGUCUCCUUGGACUUUCAACUGAAGGUGUGGUCCGCCACGAAGGGUCACCAGGUGGCAUCUCGCUAUGGCAACAGUCCCAUCAAUUGUGUGACCUUUAACCCCGAGGGUGACCUGCUGGCCUUUGGUUGCUGGGACGGAAAAGUGGUGCUGUGGAACUGGCUGCAGAACAAACUCAUAAGGUCCAUCACCGGCCACGAGGGCUCUGUCCGUAGCCUCUCCUUCUCCUCCUCCUCCUCCUCCUCCUCCUCCUCCACGCUGGUGUCGGGCUCCCUCUCGGGGGAGGUGAAGGUGUGGGCGGUGCCAGAGGGGACCUGUGUGGGGAGCUACCAGGCCCACCGGGGCUCCACGUCCGCCCUCACCUUCCUGGACCAGGGGAACAAGCUGCUGAGUGCCGGGGCGGAUCACACGCUGCACCUCUGGUCAGGGGGGCUGGGCUGUUCGUUGGCGACGUUACGACAGGGAAGGUGUGAGCAGGCGUCCCCCCGGAAGAGGCCCCGGUCCUCGGAGCCCCCCGCCCUCUGCGUGGCGGUCAACGGGGGCUGUGCCGCGGUGGGUUACCACGGCAACGGCCUGAGGCUCUUCAGCCUGGACUCAGAAACGAGUCAGUGGGCCAGCGAGGACCUGCGGGUGUCCGUGCUGUGCCUGCUGUGGCUGUCUGCCCCCCCCCCGUCUGGCGCGGACACGGAGCCGGCGGGGGCGGAGCUCCUGGUGUCGCCGGGGGCGGAGCUCCUGGUGUCGGCGGGGGCGGACCGCCACCUGAGGCUCUGGAGGCGGAGCGAGGAGGGGAAGCUGGUGACCCUGGGAGACUUUGGGGUGCAGACGGGGGACAUCUUGGCUCUGGCUCAGAACUCAACGCAUCUGGCCUCUGCCUCUGACGACUUCACCAUCGCCCUGUGGUCAGUACCAGAUCUGACCCUCGACCCCUGGGUGGCCCCCACGGCGGUCUCGGUUCUCCGGGGCCACAGCCGAGGGGUGACCUGUCUGGCCUUCAGCCCCGACGGUACACAGCUGCUCUCUGGAGGAAAAGAUCAGGCCCUGGUGCUGUGGGACACCGGCUCUAGUCCCCCGGCGCUCUCAAAGUCCCUGCUGCACGCGCACAAAGACUGGAUCACGGCCUGUGCCUGGGCUGCAGGCCGCGCUGUCAGUUCCUCAAACGACGGCAGUAUCUACGUGUGGAACCUGGAUUCCAGCAGUCGUAUCAUGAGUAUCACCUGGAAGAAUCCCCUGACCUCCAUCUGUGUUCAGGGAGAGUACCUGGUGGCCGGCUGCACGGAGGGGGCCCUGCAUGUGUGGAAGUGGGAGUCGGCCACGGAGGUCAGCCACGUCCCCGCCCACGCCCAGCGGAUCCACCACUGCUUCGUCCUCCCCAGUAAAGACAAGCCAGAGGAUAUGGUGGUCGCCACGGCGUCUGAGGAUGGCUCAGUGCAACUCUGGAAGCCCUUCCAGGUGGAGCACUUCUGCACUUUCCAAGGUCACAGCGGUGCCGUUCGGGGAGUGGUGUCCAAGAAUGGAUUAACAGAGUUCCUCACCGUGUCUGCAGACCUGUCGUUGAGGUCCUGGGCGUGGGAGAAAGACAGCGCCCCAGCCCCCAAGGUGCUGAUGGUUACAGCCAUCUGCUACUCCCAGACUGAAGAUGCACUGCUGGCGGCCUACGAGUCAGGCCUGGUGGAGAUAUGGCAGCAAGGUGCCGUGGUCGGCCGCAAGCAGGUGUCGGACAGGCCCAUCUUGGCCAUGUGCUCGAUGCCUGACGCUCGGUUCGCUGUGUCCUGCAAGAGGUCUUCGGUCCAGCUGUUGAAGCUGGUGUGGAGCCCUGGCAGCCUUGGGGCCAGCCUGGUGAAGGUGUCCACGUUCCCAGUGAAGCAUCCGCUGGCACACCUCCACUACUGCUCUACUCUGAUUGGUGUAUCCGAGGCCGGAACAAUCACUGAUGUCAUGGUGGAGAGCCGACAGGACACAUGCCCGAGCACAGGGCAUGUCUUCGGGAUGUUCACCAACGAUUCCAAAAGCAUGUGGUUGGUAGGCAGAAGGGAAGACGAGCUGGAGCUGUCGUUUCUGUUUGUGGUUGGCCUCACGGAGUACAGUGAGUUGUCCUGCACCAAUGUGACGCUGCCGACCAAGGGGGAGGAGGGGAUCACUUCCAUCACUGCUGUGGCCGUGGAGGAUGGCCUGAUCGUGUGCGGAGACGUGGAUGGAAACAUGUGGUUCAAGGACUCCCUCGUGCUGUCGCCCUGGAGCCCCAGGAGACCGGCCCACCGCGACAGGAUCAGUGUGAUAAAAAUCACCAGCACCGCCAUCAUCUCUGCCUCGCACGACCAGACCGUCAAACUGUGGGACAAGAUCACCAAGAAGCAGGUCGGUAUGUUUGUGUGUGGAAGCCCGGUUCAGGUUCUGGAGGUCAGCCCACGGUGUCCUGGGGAGCUGGUGUGUGGAGAUGAGAUGGGCAAAAUCUACUUCCUACGCUGGAACCAGUGACACAAACGCAAACACUAACCCUGCCUUAUAAUGCUUCACUUUAUUAAUCACCUUUAAAUGAGUAUGAAUAUCCAAUGCGGCUCAAUCAAUUUCCUGGCGAGCUUGAAUGUAAUGGCGUCAAUUUUAAGCACUUUUACUAACAUGGUGUGCCUUGAAAACUUUAAAAUGUUGUCAUUAAUAUAUAGGAUUUGCGUUCAACAACGUAAGGGAGGAACCCUCAAUGUAACCAGGUAGCCUUAAAGGGGUUUUGAAAGUCUACAAAUACUUUGCUUUCAUUUUGUUUAAUUUCAUCUUCAAGAGAUCAGAACUAUGACCAAAAAAGUGGUGUAUAUUUAAUUUGAAAAUGAAUAAAUGCUGUAAAAACGACUUGUGUUGUAUUUUGGUCAAUUAUUCGAAUCUUAUGUCUCUUAAUGCCAUCAUUUAUCAAAAGUACUUGUGUUAAAAUUGAAUGAUCAUGUAACCCUUUGUGGUAGGGUAAUGACUUAGUUGAAUCUGACACAUCAAAUCUACUAUGUAAACAUCCCUUAUCAUUUAAUGAUCUUAUGACCUUGUUAUCUGUGUAAAUGCUACUGGAUUGCUUCCGCCAUGAUUUUAAAUGGCACCAUAAAUCUUCCUCUGAAUAAAAUAAAUCCAACCAAUGGGCACCCUAA